AUGUUGCUGGCAGAAGAGCAGCCCGAUUUGAUUGACUCUCUAGAUCUUCAAUGCAAAGGGAACUCUAACAAUAGUUAUUGCUCCAGAAAAAACAGUCUUCAAGAGAAGGGAGAUGAACAUUCAGUCCACGAAAGUCUGGAUUAUUUGCCUUCACACAGUAACAUUUAUAAGAAGUGGCUGCAGGAGCAAGGCUACAGAACGGAUUGGGAUCGAUGGUUGGUGAUGGGGAUCAUUGGAACAGCAACCGGAAUUCUAGGUUUCCUGACUCAUCAAAUAAUUGAUUCCCUCAUCAGAUUAAAAUGGGGCUUGGUGGAAGACUAUCUUCAGAAAGGCAACUUUCACAUGACCUGGAUUUACAUGUUGGGAAUUGGACUUGCGAUGAUCAUUUUAUCAUCGGGAUUAGUUGUGUUCUUUUGUCCAACAGGUGCCCCAAGUGGAUUACCUGAAGUCAUUGGUUUUCUGAAUGGCACAUCUAUUCAGCAAAUUUUUAAUAUUAGGACUUUUGCAGGAACAUUUGGGUCUUGUGUUCUAGCUGUAGCAUCUGGACUCUUCUGUGGACCAGAAGGUCCUAUGAUUCAUUUGGGGGCAAUCAUAGGAUAUGGAUUGAGCCAUUUCAGACCAAAGAUUCUUAGAAUUUACUUUCCUUCCAUCAUCAGAUUUUGGAAUACAGCUGACAGAAGGAAUUUUGUUACAGCUGGUGCAGGAGCAGCACUUGCCUCUGUAUUCCAUGCUCCUGUAGGUGGACUUUUAUUUACACUAGAGGAGGUGGCCUCUUUCUGGGAUAUCAAAUUGGCCUGGCAAACAUUCUUCUGUUGUUUGAUGGCUGCUUUCACGUCAGAUUUACUAUCCUCUUCUCUCUAUGGAUUUGUAUACAGGGGUCAGUUUGGAUUUUUCAAAGCUGAGAAGAGGAUUUUAUUUUGGGUUAAGAACUUACUGGAUAUGAGCGUGUUGGCUUUUCUUCCGGCCAUCUUCCUUGGAAUACUUGGGGGUCUUUUAGGAGCUUUUUUUGUUUUCCUGAACAUAAGGAUUAAUAAAAUACGUCUGUGGUUCUUCAGCACAAUUAAAAAACCAUCCCUCAGAAAAUCAAUCAAACUUCUUGAAUGUAUUCUGAUCUUUGUUUUGACUAUUACUGCUACGGUCUACUUGCCAUAUUUUUUUCACUGUACUCCUGUCAGGAGACUGCCAGCAUCUGAUCUAACUAGUAAGUCACAGAGCAUACAUUAUCUUAGCUGGCAAAUAUGCAAAUAUAACUGCAAACCAGCCACUUUACAAGGUAGACCAAAUGAAACAGAAUUUUUCAACCAAACCUUCAAUGAAGCUGCUGCACUCCUGGCAGAAAAUGGCAUAAAAGGAAUCAUGUACUUAUUCAGACGUGGAACUCAUGAGGAAUUUGGAUAUCCCUCUCUUUUUAUGGCACUUCUUCUCUAUUUCUUGAUAUCCUGCUUGACUGCAGGCUCUGCUGUUGCAAGUGGCUUGGUUAUACCUAUGCUAUACAUAGGAGCUUUAUAUGGGAGAAUUGUUGGUUUGGUAUUAGUUUCCAUUUUUGGAAUUCAGACUGAUGAAAGUCAUGCAUGGAUUGAUCCUGGAUUGUUUGCUGCAAUUGGAGCAGCUUCCUUUUUCAGUGGUGUUUCAAGACUAACAAUAUCCCUUACAGUCAUCAUGGUAGAAAUCACAAAUGAUGUACAAUCCUUGUUACUCAUCAUGCUGGCUGUCAUGUUAGCAAAAAUGGUUGGCGACUGGUUUAACAUGUCUUUGUACAGUUCUUUACUGAAAUUAAAAAGCAUACCAUAUCUAGAUGUUGAACCAUUUGUCUACCAGAAUAAAAAUGGGUUAAAUCUGGAAUUGUUUGCUGCCAAAGAUGUCAUGAAGCUUCAUGUCAGAGUCCUCAAUUUAAAGGAAAACAUUGCUUUCUUGGCUCAGGUCCUUGCCAGCACCAGCCAUAGUGGAUUCCCAGUGGUUUACAAAUCUAAACCAGACCAAUCCAAGGUGUUUCUGGGAACAAUUACAAGGCCUGAGCUCUGCGUGUUACUGGAAAAUGAGACCAUUUUUGAAAUGGAAGACACUGAAUCCCCUCCACCUUUUCUACCCUAUCAGAAGAUCAGAACUGAAAAAUUGCCCAAUCAGCAGUGGAUGACUGCUAUGUUGGCUUGCUAUACUACAGACCCUCGGUAUCAGCAACUCUUCAUCAAUCUGGAUCCAUAUAUAAACAAAUCAGCAGUAUCAGUUCACGCUCAUUUCUCAUUGCAACGCACAUACAUCAUAUUUCGAUCUCUGGGUCUUCGUCACUUAACAGUGGUUGAUUUGCAGAAUGAAGUUGUUGGCAUAAUCACUAGGAAAGAUCUGAUAUCCUUCCAACUAGAAAAAAACCUGGGAUCUCAGAAAGCAUCAUACCAACCUCACUCAGAUGAUGAGCUUUUGGACUAG